AUGAGAAACUUUCUAUGGGGUACGGGACCUGGUGGGAAGGUUAAAUCUAAAGCUUCGUGGAAAUCAGUGUGUCUACCAAAAUAUGAAGGCGGGCUGGGAAUCAAAAGAAUUUCAUAUUUUAAUAAAGCACUCAUCACUAGCCAUAUUUGGAGCAUUGUGACUGAUAGGGAAUCGUUAUGGGUUCGGUGGAUACACUCCUAUAAACUAAAAGGUAGAAACUUUUGGGAUGUUACUCCUUGUGGAUCAAUGAGCUGGGGAUGGAGGAAGAUCCUUCUAUUACGGGACACUAUCCGCCCUCACAUAUGGAAAAAGAUUGGGAAUGGUCUAUCUACUUCGAUUCAUCCACCUGUGCUUCAUCAUAACAUUCAUGAUCGAGCUGUUUGGAAGGAUUUGGAUGGAGUGGAGCAGGAGUUCUCUGUUAGCGAGGUUUGGAAUGCUGUUCGGUGUAAACAGGAUAAAGUACCAUGGGUUUGGGGCCAAAUUAAACAUAUGGCAAACAUGUCAGCAGUUGUGGAAUCAUGGGAUAGUAUUGCUGGAUGGCUAAUUUCUAGAUCUAGCUCUACUCAGAACUCAGCUGAAAGUGUAAUCGCAAGACUCCUUGUGGCUGCUGCCUCAUAUUUUUUGUGGCUGGAACGUAAUUCAAGAUUGUUCUCUAAUACCAAGUGCUCUGAAGCUCAAGUAAGAGAAAAAAUCGUGACCACCUUACGCCUGAAGCUUCUCUCACUCAAGUUUAAGGCUACCACUAGUAAUCGUCAGUUAUUGAAGAUGUGGGACAUCCCUAUGUCCAACAUCUUACAUGCUUCGGAUUAA